AUGGGCCUUAAUCCUGCCGGGUUUAAGUGCCUUCAACUGCACAACACCCGGAACGGCAUCCUCAUCGAGAUGGCUGAUCUAGCAACAGCCAUCAAAGUAGCAGCAGACAACCACAUGAAGCACGCGCUCCGUUCGGGUGAGAAGAAUUUCCUAAUUCCGGUGUACGUUGACGACAACGCCGUCGACGUCCGGGUCCACGAUCUUCCGCCGGGAAUGCCCAACGACGACAUCGCUGACGGAAUGGCGCAGUAUGGAGAGGUGCUGACGAUUACGGACGACGUUUGGAAGAACUUUUUCCCCGGGAUUCCAAACGGUGUGCGGGUCCUGAGGAUGAAACUCGCCAAGCAGGUGCCGUCGUACGUCAGCAUCAAGGGCAAAUUAAGCUUGGCCACUCAUGCUGGCCAGAUCCCGACUUGCCGACGAUGUGGACAGAAAAGUCACCCCGAAAAAACCUGCUCAUCCACGAAAGCAAAAAAGAAGACCGUGAACGUGAACCAGAAGAACGACAAACCAACAACAACGAUCACAAUUGUGCCAGCUUCAACAACAACGACAGUGUCUGAUCCCAUCUCGAAGGUCAUCGACGAUGAUGGGUUUAGAACUGUUGAGAAGAAAAAAAAGAGUGCAAAAAGACAACUUUCUAUCGAGUCCUAA